UCCCCACAGUGCCCAGAACAUGGAACCCACCUCUCUGUGACAUCAGCCCCGGGGCCGAGGGCUCCACGGGCAGCGCGGCUGCUGCGGGCACUGCGGCUGUGGCUGUGCUGCUGCACGGAGCUCUCAGUGCUUGCAGCUGACACGUGCCUCUGGCAGCCAUGAAUUGGCUCGGCCUCCUCGUCCUGCUGACCCUGGCUGGGCUGGCAGAGGGGACAUGGGACAACUGCGGAGGAACCUGUGGGCUCCGAGCUCCACAAUCUGUCUAUAGCCCCAUGACUUAUCCUUACGGCGAUGUGGCUUAUGACUACGGCAUGACACGCAUCGUGGGUGGCGUCGGUGCCGCGGAAGCAGCCUGGCCAUGGAUGGUCAGCAUCCAGCACCCCUGGGUACCAGGCCUGGGACAUCUAUGUGGGGGAUCCCUCAUCAGUUCAGAAUGGGUCCUCACAGCAGCUCACUGCUUUGACAAAUUCAAUAAUGUCAGUUUGUUCUACGUGGUGAUUGGGGCCACCCAGUUCACUCAGCCAGGCCCUGGGGCUGCAGUGCGCAGCGUCAAGCAGGUGCUGACACACCCGUACUACAGCCGAAUCGACUUCAGCUAUGACAUUGCCCUGAUGCAAUUGGACCAUCCUGUCCAGUGCAGCUCCUACAUCCAGCGGGCCUGUGUGGCAGAGCCCACCCUAACAAUCUCAGACCUCACCAACUGCUGGGUGGCUGGCUGGGGUGCCACUGCUGCAAGAUCUCAAGGUCCACCUGAUCGACUUCAGGAGGCCAAGGUCCAGCUCAUCGAUGUCCAGCUCUGCAACAGCAGUGACUGGUACGCAGGAGCAAUCCACACCCACAACUUGUGUGCGGGAUACCCACAGGGCCUCAUCGACACCUGCCAGGGUGACAGCGGUGGUCCUCUCAUGUGCCAGGACAACUAUGCAGACUUCUGGUGGGUUGUUGGAUUGACCAGCUUUGGGAAAGGCUGUGCCAGAGCAAUGAGGCCUGGAGUCUAUACCUCUACUCAAUACUUCUUUGACUGGAUUGAUUACAACAUGCGUGUAAAUGCAAUUAAAAGUGCUCCUUGAGCAGCAGGAAAGGCAGGAUCCAGGGCAGGCUGCAGUGCACCACAACCCUUUCCUGCUGAUCCAAAGGCAGCCUCAGGGUCAAAACCCUGCUCUGUCCUGACCACACUCCUCUCCUCUGUGCACACAGACACUGGAGUUGAUUUAGUUGUUGAAAUAAAGUUACCUUGGUUCACAGA